UCAUUAUUGACAAACUGUCCUGCCCAGCCAGUUACUCAGCGCCACUGCCACCGUGGGAGUCAUAGCAGCUCUUCAGCCGCCAUGACUGGGAUCUUCCCAAAUGCUGCCCUUGUUGUGGUCAUUGCCGCGUGGGCUGUUUUCGCAUCUGAUUUCCCUCUCCCAACGGCUUCCAAGGGGGCUCACCUAGAAGAGACAAAGGCUGAAUGCAUGAAGAACAUAAACAAGUGCUGGCUUCUGUCCUACUUCAAGCCUAGCGAACCCAUAUGUGGCAGCGACCAGGUUACCUACAAUGGCGAGUGCCAUCUCUGCUCCAAAAUCCUAUUUCAAGGGCUUAACCUAACUAAACUGCAUGAUGGACUAUGUGACAGUUCCUGAACUGAUCAGAAAGAAUAAUCUACACCUCCAGAUCAUCAAGUACAUCCUCUUUGGAGGAAAAUUCUGGCAAUGGAGGAAACCACUGGUUAGGAUUCAACUCCUGGGCUUGCUUUUGCAGUAAAUGAUUCUCAGCAGA